GUGUUAAUUUUUAUGGACGAAAUAUCUUUAGCCUAUUGGAUAAUGUGUGACGGAUCUUAUGAAACAGGUGGUUUAAUUUUAUGCACUGAAUGCUUCACUUUGAAAGAUGUUUGCACCCUAAUAGGUAUAUUACAUUAUAACUUUGGUUUUGAUUGUACUCUUUGA